GACAAGCUGUCAACUGUGAGAAUCUGUCAAUAAUUUGUAAUUUGUACGAAACAUGGCAGCGUUUUUUAACAGAGGACUGAUAGAAUGUGUUAAACAGGUCCAAGUCUUUGGUGUUACGUCAUCAUGUGCCAGGACAAUUUUAUUGCCAACCGAACGGAUGACAAACGUUCGACACCACAACAAACAUUGGAAUCCAAAGUUCAAGAAGCUGCGGGCUCUAAAAGUCAUCAAAGUAAAACUUCCGGACUACCGCGAGAAAUCGGAAGACCUGACCAAGGAUCAAAUUAAAAGCCGAAUGAAAGCCAGGGGAGUGUUACCGCCACGUCCAUGGAUGGAACGACCAUUUUUUAUCAGCAGCACUGGAGGCACAUUUGAACCGUAUGUGCCGCCUGAAGGCGAUGGAAAACGAUCAGCAAUCACCACGACCGGUGCCAAGCAAAAAUUCGAAUUAAUCGAAAAGAAGUCGAAGAGCAUGAUGGCCGUCCGUAAGAUUCGAAACUACGAGGAAGACUUUGAUGUGACGAAAUUCGCUGAACAAGCCCAAGACAUUUACAUCCAGUCGCACGAAGCAUUGACAGCCAAGGACAAGCACAGACUUCACGAACUGGUAACCGAAAAAGCAUACCCGGAAAUGAUGCACAACGUUCGCGACAAGACGAUCCACUGGAAAUUUCUAAAGUCACUCGAACCGCCACGAGUCGUGCAUGCCAGAUGCACCGACAUCGUGACGAAAGAAAACAUUUUCGGCCAGGUGACCGUACGCUUCCACACACAACAAGUUCUGGCAAUCUACGAUCGUUUCGGUCGAUUGAUGCAUGGCAGUGAAAUUCUGGCCAAGGAUGUGCUGGAGUAUGUCGUGUUCGAGAAGCAUGUAGCCAACGAAUACGGUGUCUGGAGAUUGCACGAGAAAAUAAUUCCGGAUUGGAUGCCGCCCAAGGAACCAGCAGCCAUUACGUACCGGAUUGAUGACGAACCAGUGAAUGAGGAAGAGACGGUGAAAAGUGAAGAAGUAGCGGUGGCCAUUAAUAGUAAACAGGCUGCCGGUCAAACUGCGGUUGCUUAAUAUAAGGAAUUUUGUGUAAAAAUGGAAACGAAAUACAGAAAAGCGAAUUGUUA